UUAAAACAUUACGCAUAUCGGGGGCUGGUUUAUCUAGGGCUGUCGUGAGGUAAUCUAUCCAUUCUCGCCACUAUUCGCCGGGAAGGCAUACAUGUGGUAAUCGUAGAAAGCGCACAGUCCAAUAUGAGAAAAAAGCAAUAACAAUAAGAGCGCGCACGAGUUGCUUUUAAGCCGGGAAAUGUACAUGGAACAUUGUGGACUUUACUAAAGCUGAAGAUUGUUUGAUCACGUGAACCAACCUUAAACCAGCAGAAAACUAAUACCAACCAAACGCAAGUUUGAACGACAAUGGAAUUUGCGUUCUCCUGACCCCUGGGAACCGUUGUGAUUUGCCUGGAUUUAAAAGCACAAGUUGCUGACAAAUUGGAUAAACUUACCCUCCAAUUCGGCCAGCCGACGGCACUGAACUCACUUUCCUUGUAUCCAGAACAAAACGGCGGGUCGUGGAAUUAAACCUGAUUUAUAAGAAUUGAAGGUUUUGAUGUGCUAGGGGAAUAUGUGUGUGUUCCAACCCCGCCAGAGGAAGAAUAGAGAAGCUGGUAGAGUGUGUGCAAAUAGCUGGUACACAAUGGGGAUCCAGGAAGUGUAAUUCCGGCACGUUUGGAAUGGCUGCAUCUCAAUAGUUUAAAGUGGCUUCAUCUCCUCGCCUCCUUUCCUUCAUCUGCACUGAUGUGAAAGAGCUGAACAGGUGAACACUAUAUUCCGAUUGGAGCUGUAGAGGAGGUGUUUUUAACCAAACCAAGCUGCUGGGAGGUCAAGAGGUGACAUGCCUCUGUAACGCAUCGUUGGAAACAAAUGAAUGGUUGCCAUGCCUCCGGGGAUGGUGCGACAUGGUUUCUCAGUCACAGCGGCGGUCCCAGUACUGUCGCUGCUGCUAGCCGCCAGCUGGCCCUCCUAUGGCCUGGCCUGGGCCUCUGACCCCUCCACCACCUCCUCUUCCCCUUACCCCACCUUCACCCGCACAGACGCCCUCUUCGAGCACCUGGCCCUGCACCCGGACCCUGCAGUCGGGCGCAUCUACGUGGGGGCGCGGGACCACCUCUUCCAGCUGGACCGCAAUCUGACCGCCGAGCUCCAGGACAACACGGGGCCCGUGACGGACAGCCGCGAGUGCCUGCCCCCCGUCACCGAGAGCAACUGCCCGCAAGCGCGGCGCACCAGCAACCACAACAAGCUCCUGCUGGUGGACCCCUACGCCAUGGAACUGAUCACUUGCGGCAGCGUCAACCAGGGCAUCUGCCAGAAGCGGAGUCUGGACUCGGUGGGUACGGUGCUGUUCUCGGCCGAGCGGCCCGUGGACACGCAGUACGUGGCUGCCAACCACCCAAACGUGAGCACGGUGGGCCUGGUGGUGCGCUCCCGCCCCGACCGCCAGCCCGUGCUCUUUGUGGGCCGCGGCUACACCAGCAGCCACCCACCCAUCUCCACACGCAACCUGGCCCAGGAGCCCGUCUUCUCCUACGAAGAAACGGCGAAGCUAGCGGUGGCGGGUCGCCUCUCGGAGUACGACCACCACUUCGUGGCGUCCUUCGCCCACCGCCAGCACGUCUACUUCCUGUUCUACCGCCGCGACAUUAAGUCUCAGUCUCGCGAGUACCGCACCUACGUGUCACGCGUGUGCCUGGACGACCAGGCCUACUACUCGUACGUGGAAGUGCCCCUGGCCUGUCGCUCAGCGGCCGGGAAGAGCUACAACUUGCUCCAGGCUGUCCGCCUUGGUCUACCACCCAAGCAGAGUGGGGGCGAUGCUGGGCAGGCAGAGGUGCUCCUGGGGGUGUUCUCCACCCGGCAGGCCUCGUCCACGCGACCCAGCGAGGACUCUGCUCUUUGCAUGUUCAAUCUUGACGAUUUGGACCAGAGGAUCAACUCCACCAGGGACCUGUGUUACACACAGUUCGGCCGGGACGAGGGAGGGGGGGAGGCGGCCUACAUCGAGUACGAGGUCAAAUCCAACUGCGCCAACCUGCCGUCGAAUACCCUUGAUGCCUACCCCUGUGGUUCGGACCACACCCCCAGUCCAAUGGCCAGCCGGGUGCCGGUGGAAACCGAGCCCAUAUUGGACAGCCCGUCUGCCCGUCUCACCGCAGUGGCUGUCAGCGUGAGGGUGGGACAUACCAUCGCCUUCCUGGGGGACUCUAAGGGGAACCUGCGCAAGGUGUUCCUGGGCCCUAAUGGUGAGGUGGAGGAGUAUGCCGUCGUCUCCAUCCAGGCCAACGCAGCCAUCAGCUCUGACCUGGUCCUGGAUCAGUCGGAGGAACACCUCUUCAUCAUGACCUCCACCAUGCUGCAGAAGAGGCCGGUGGCAGAGUGCCACGAACACCUGGACUGCCAGGCCUGUUUGUCGGCCCACGAUCCCUACUGUGGCUGGUGUGUCCUGGAGGGGAGGUGUGGCCAGCGGUCUCAGUGUUCACACAGGGCUCAGGAGGGCCAGUGGCUGUGGAGCUUCGACAUGGAGCAGCAGUGCCUCACCAUCCAGUCCCUCAGCCCCUCCAACAUCAGCCGUGAGGAGAAGGGACGUAUUGCUCUAUCGGUCCCGGGCCUGCCCAUCCUAGAAGAGGGCAACUCGUACGCCUGUUAUUUCCAUGACACUGAGAGUCCUGCCACGGUCACCGACACGGGCGUCACCUGCCUCUCCCCUGACCCCCACAGGGUGCCAGCUGUGCCCCCUGGACAAGAGUUUGUCACGGUCACCCUGUCCCUGCGCUUUGGUGAUGUCGUCGUCACGGCAACAGAGUUCACCUUCUACGACUGUACCGCAGUCAAGCAGCUGUCUGGGAGCGUGCCUUGCCGUGGUUGCGUGUUGAGUCGCUGGGGCUGCAACUGGUGUGUCCACCAGCACACCUGUACCCACAAGCCCACCUGUGACAAGGGGGUCAUCAUCUACAACGAACACUUUAAACUCCCCACCUCGGCUCCUCCCACUACUAAAGCCGUAACUAUAACAACGACUUCCCCAUCCACAACUGUGGCCCCCACAACAGCAACUGCGCCCCCAACAACUACAACAGCAACCGCGCCCCCAACAACGACAACUACCACAAUUACAACAACAAUCGCCACGACUACAACAACCAAAGCCCCAACCACCGUAGCUACCACCGAGGAGCCUCCGACAACAACCCUGCCUACAACUGUCCCCACAACCACCACACCAGAGCCGACUACACCGCCCACCACUGCUAUGUCGACAGAGGCCCCCACCACUCUUCCCCCUACAACGUUAGUCGAGGCUACAACGCCCAAGCCUGAGACCACCACCAGUGAGAAAGAAGAGCAAACAACCACAGGAGAGCUCUUUGCAGAGGCUGAAAGUGAAACUGAAGGCCCUGUGGUUACCCCUGGUGACAUGGAGCUCGCCGCGGAAACCGAGGUGGCGACAGUUAUGACCGAAGACGAGCAGCCGUCCGAUGAUCUCGCCACCCUAAACCCCCUGGCAUUCCCCCCCGAGACAUCCCCAUUGGAAGUGGUCACCGCGGCCCCCCCUCAGGAACUGGACGAGGCUUUGACUCUGGCCAAGCCCCCCAUGGAGGUCCAGCCCACCACUGGCAGCUCCCCCUUCCCGACCCCCUUCCCCCUGUGGGAACCGGCCAACUCGGAGCCCACCUUCCACCUAGACCUGACGGGAGCCCACUUCCCUCCCCCGCUAGAGCCCCUCCCCCCAACUGAGGCGGAGGGCCAGGGAGCCGAGCCGGAAGUGUUCCUCUGGCCCAUGGAGGAAGUGGAGGAGGAGACGGAGGGCACAGCGGCGGAGAACGACACCAGCGUGGCGUUUUCGGCCACCACCGUGCUUUCAGGGGACGGAGAGGCAGCUGAGCACUCCCCUUCGGCCUCUACCUACCCCCGGCUUCUUGACGCCGACUCAGAGCUGGACUACCAGUACGACUCGGCCGACAUCUUCCUGCCGGGGGACGAGGGCUCCUAUGUGAGUUGGGGCUCGUCUGCUUGCCCCUGUGUGGAGAAGGUCAAGGAUUCGCCUCUGUUACCAGUCAGAGUGGAGAGGAAGAUCACGCUACUCGCCCGAAACCUCCACCUGUACCAGGACAGAGACCUGGACUACGAGUGUGUGUUGGUGAUCGAGGGCCGUACGGUGGUGGUGGACGCCUAUGUGGAGAUGGACGAGAUGGACCCGUCUCUCUUUGACAUCACCUGUCAGCUGCACCAGUAUUCCUACUCUGCCCCGGCGGAAGAGUACAACGCCAUGGUGUACGUGAAGAGGCGGGACACCUUCCACGUGGACAGCGCUCACGACCUGUAUGUGACUCUGUACAACUGUUCAGUGGGGCGUUCAGACUGUAGCCGGUGUCACACGGCGGACCAGAAGUAUGGCUGUGUGUGGUGCGGAGGGGGCCAGUCCACCUGUCUCUACGGAGACUCCUGCAGCGAGCCAAUCGAACAGACCUGCCCCGCCCCCGUCAUUCAUGCCAUCGAGCCCCUGUCAGGUCUGGUGGAGGGGGGCACGGUGGUGACCAUCUCAGGGUCCAACCUGGGCCAGAAGGCUGAGGACAUUCUCCACUCUGUCAGUGUGGCCGGGGUUUCUUGCUCUGUCAUCCCCCACCUCUACGAGGUCUCCUCCAGGAUCGUGUGUAAGACUGAAGCCAGUGGGGGAGAGAAGAUGGGCCAGGUGUCAGUAGAAGUGAGCGGGGGAGAGUUUGGCCUCUCCAGCCAGAGGUUCAGUUACCAGGACCCCUUUGUGAUGGAGGUGUCCCCCCAGAGGGGUCCCAUGGCGGGGGGAUCAUCCCUUACCAUCACUGGGAGGAACCUGCUCACGGGACGCCCCUCUGACAUCACUGUCACUGUGGGAGGAGUGCCCUGUGUCAUUUCGUCGGAGGUCCAGGAGGGCAGUGUGAUGUGUGUGACGGGCAGCAGCAAUGGGACGGGAGAGCACCGCGUGACGCUUCGCUAUGGCGACAGCCAGCGCCACCUCCACGAGUCGGCCUACCGCUACACCCCCAACCCCAACAUCACCCAGGCCGCGCCCGCCAAGAGCUUCCUCAGCGGUGGUCGUCUGGUCUUCGUGUCUGGUCAUAACCUGGAUGUGGUGCAGGAACCUAGGAUGUUGGUGACCCUGUCCCCCUAUGAGUCCAUCGGCCAGAGGAAGAGAAGGAAGAGUGGAGGCGAAAGGGAGGAAGAGACUGAGGACAAGGUGCUGCUGUUGAGGCAUCGCAGGAUCGUCCCGGAGCCCCAUUGCCCCGGCGACCCCCUAUGCUCCAUAAAACAGUAUAUAGAGCGCUGCGAGGUGAACUCCUCCAGUCUGAUCCUGUGUCGGAGCCCGGCGGUGGAGCCCUCGGUGUGGGGCUCGCGGGUUGAUGUGGCCUUCCUCCUGGACAACCUGCGCUUCCCGUUCGGUGCCGUCAGCCCCCAGGGGGCCUUUAGCUACGAGCCCAACCCUGUGCUGCACCCGCUCAACCAGCAGGAGCCCCUCAAGCCCUACCGCUACAACCCAGGAAGCUUCAUUCAGCUGGAGGGUGAGAACUUGGACCUGGCCAUCUCUAAGGAGGAGGUGGUGGUACUGGUGGGGGAGGGUGUGUGUGCCGUGAAGACCCUCACCAGGAACCACCUGUACUGCGAGCCCCCGCCCCAGCAGCCCGUCCCGGGACCUCCCAACGGCGGCAGGAAGCGAGAGGGCGCCGACACGCUGCCCGAGUUCACCGUCCACAUGGGCAACCUGAACUUCUCCCUGGGCAGGGUGCAGUAUGACACCCUCAGCCUGUCCACCUUCCCCCUCGAGGCCCAGAUAGGGGUGGGCGUGGGGGCCUCCAUUGUAGCCCUCAUCGUCCUCAUCAUAGUCCUCAUCUACAGGAGGAAGAGUAAGCAGGCUCUGAGGGACUACAAGAAGGUACAGAUCCAGUUGGAGAACCUGGAGACCAGCGUGAGAGACCGGUGCAAGAAAGAGUUCACAGACCUGAUGACGGAGAUGAUGGACAUGUCCAGUGACCUGGUGGGCUCAGGCAUUCCCUUCCUGGACUACCGGCGCUACGCCGAGCGGAUUUUCUUCCCGGGCCACCGCGAGUCGCCCCUGCGGAGGGAUCUGGACGUGCAGGAGUGUCGACGGGCCACAGUGGAGCAGGGCCUGGUGCAGCUCUCCAACCUGCUCAACAGCAAACUCUUCCUCACCAAGUUCAUCCAUACUCUGGAGAGCCAGCGGACGUUCUCGCCUCGGGACCGGGCCUACGUGGCAUCUCUCCUGACGGUGGCGCUGCACGGUAAACUGGAGUACUUCACCGACAUCCUCAAGACCCUCCUCAAUGAUCUAGUGGAGCAGUACGUGGCCAAGAACCCAAAGCUCAUGCUGCGAAGAACGGAGACAGUGGUGGAGAAGCUUCUGACCAACUGGAUGUCCAUCUGCCUUUACGCUUUCCUCAGGGACUCUGCAGGCGAGUCCCUGUACAUGUUGUUCAGGGCUAUCAAGCACCAGGUGGACAAGGGGCCGGUGGACGCGGUGACGGGAAAAGCAAAGUACACGCUCAACGACAACCGCCUGCUCCGAGAAGACGUGGAGUACAAGACCCUGACCCUGAACGUGUUGAUGCAGGGUGGGGGGGUGAACGAGACCCAGCCACUGCCCUCCAAGGUGCUGGACAUAGACACCAUCACCCAGGUGAAGGAGAAACUCCUGGACCAGGUCUACAAGGGCACCUCCUUCUCCCACCGGCCACACACAGACUCCCUAGACCUGGAGUGGAGGUCCGGUGUAGCUGGUCAUUUGAUCCUGUCUGAUGAAGACCUGACAUCUGUUGUCCAGGGCAACUGGAAGCGCCUCAAUACACUACAACACUACAAGGUUCCAGAUGGCGCGACAGUGGCUUUGGUCCCGCGCCACAGCAAACACAUCCACCACGACAAUCAUGACUACAUAGCAGGGGAAAAGACGCCCAUGCUGGAGGACGCGGACGAGGGCGGAGUGAGGCUGUGGCACCUGGUCAAGGCCAGUGAGGAGCCUGAGCUACCCAAGCACCGCCGGGGCAGCGUGAGGGAGAGGGAGAGGGCCAAGGCUAUACCAGAGAUCUACCUCACACGCCUGCUCUCUAUGAAGGGAACUCUGCAGAAGUUUGUAGACGACCUGUUCACUGUGAUCCUGUCUACCAGUCGUCCCGUUCCGCUGGCCGUCAAGUACUUCUUUGACCUGCUGGACGACCAGGCGCAACACCACGCCAUCACUGACCCCGAGACCAUCCACAUCUGGAAGACCAACAGUUUGCCCCUGAGGUUCUGGAUCAACAUUGUGAAGAACCCCCAGUUCAUCUUUGACGUUCAGCCCUCGGACCACGUGGACGCUGUGCUGACGGUCAUCUCCCAGACAUUCAUGGACUCCUGCACCACCGCUGAGCACAAGCUGGGCAGAGAUUCACCAAUCAACAAACUGCUGUAUGCCCGAGACAUCCCCCGUUACAAGCAGAUGGUGGAAAGGUACUACGCUGACAUCAGACAGACCAUCUCUGCCAGUGAUCAGGAGAUGAACUCCGCUCUAGCAGAGCUGUCCAGGAAUUACUCAGGAGAGUUGAAUUACCUUGUCGCCCUGCACGAGUUGUACAAGUACAUCAACAAAUACUAUGACCAGAUCAUCGGGGCCCUAGAGGAGGACAGCAUGGCCCAGAAAAUGCAGCUGGGCUACCGGCUCCAGCAGGUCGCUGCAGCCGUGGAGAACAAAGUCACCGACUUGUGACAGCAGAACCACCGACCGAGACCAUGCCGGCCAGGGGGACCACAUUAAGAGACGCGCACACUGUGAGGUUACCCACUAGAGUGGGGGAGGGAAACGCAGAGUGAGGAGAAAAAAGCCCCACCCCCUUUUCCACAUUAAGGGCCAAUGGGUGACUGGUGUUUACACACAAACACUCCUCUUUCUGGGGGGGGGGGGGGGGGGGGCUGCUGGACACAUGAAGCCCUCUAGAGAUGGUGGUGGACACAAACCCUUCUCUCACUCUCCACUGUGGACAAAAACAGGAGGGAAAGGGCAAGGGAGACAUACAGACCAGGAGCCUUUGUUUGUAUGUCCCACCCGUUCAACCUGCAGCCCUGAGUUGGACCACGUUGUGGCAUCUGCGUCUACCUCUCUUCUAGAACUCUCUGUGGAAGUAGGAGAAUUAUAAGAAAGUGCUUGGGAGAUCUGGAUGUUAUCCGGACGCUAUCUGGACAUUACGUGACGUGUCAAUGGAAACGUGCUGAAGUCAAAACUCUGUAGUCUCAUAUGAAUGAAAGAAGUCGUGUUAUAUGUAUCAACAUGGUGGUUCUAGUGGAAGCUAGAUGGAGAGUGAGUGUGAGAGAGAGAUGGAAAGGACUUACCGGUCACUGUUUUUGGUAUGGUAUGACGUGAAGCCUUUUCACAAUGGGAAACACUGGGUGGAUGAAAUGGAAAAGGGUACUUCCCAUGCCUUGUGCUCGUGUCGUUGCAUAAUUAGAGGUUGUAUGUCUGUCCAUCUCCCUCUUUAAAUGUGCAAGGGUAAACUGUUUUGGUUUACAUGCCCUGCCCACUGACACCAUUGUUUUAUGUAAUUGAGGAUAUAUAGUACCAGUCAAAAGUUUGGACACACCUACUCAUUCAAGGGUUUUUCUUUAUUUUUACUAUUUUCUACAUUGUGGAAUAAUAGUGAAGACAUCAAAACAAUGAAAUAACACAUAUGGAAUCAUGUAGUUACCAAAAAAGUGUUAAUCAAUUCAAAGAAUUCAGAUUUUAGAUUCUUCAAAGUGGCCACCCAUUGCCUUGAUGACACCUUUGCACACUCUUGGCAUUCUCUCAACCAGCAUCAUGAUGAAUGAUUUUCCAACAGUCUUGAAGGAGUUCCCACAUAUGCUGAGGACUUGUUGGCUGCUUUUCCUUCACUCUGCGGUCUGACUCAUCCCAAACCAUCUCAAUUUGGUUGAGGUCGGGCGAUUGUGGAAGUCAGGUCAUCUGAUGCAGCACUCCAUCAUCCUCCUUGGUCAAAUAGCCCUUACACAGCCUGGAGGUGUGUUUUGCGUCAUUGUCCUGUUGAAAAACAAAUGAUAGUCCCACUAAGAGCAAACCAGAUGAGAUGGCGUAUUGCUGCAGAAUGCUGUGGUAGCCAUGCUGGUAAAUGUACCUUGUAUUGUAAAUAAAUCACUGACAGUGUCACCAGCAAAGCACCAUCACCUCAACCAUGCUUCAUGGUGGGAACCACACAUGCAGAGAUCAUCUGUUCACCUACUCUGCGUCUCACAAAGACACAGUGGUUGGAACCAAAAACCUCAAAUUUGGAGUCGUCAGACCAAAGGACAGAUUUCCACCAGUCUAAUGUCCAUUGCUCGUGUUUCUUGGCCCAAGCAAGUCUCUUCUUCUUAUUGGUGUCCUUUAGUAGUGGUUUCUUUGCAGCAAUUCGACCAUGAAGGCCUGAUUCACGUAAUCUCUUCUGAACAGUUGAUGUUGAUGUGUCUGUUACUUGAACUCUGAAGCGUUUAUUUGGGCUGCAAUUUCUGAGGCUGGUAACUCUAGUGAACAUAUCCUCUGCAGCAGAGGUAACUCUGGGUCUUCCUUUCCUGUUGCGGGCCUUACGAGAGCCAGUUUCAUCAUACCGCUUGAUGGUUUUUGUGACCGCACUUGAAGAAACUCAAAGUUCUUGAAAUGUUCUGCAUUAACUGACCUUCAUGUCUUAACGUAAUGAUGGACUGUCAUUUCUCUUUGCUUAUUUGAGCUGUUCUUUUCAUAAUAGGGUUAUCUUCUGCACCUCUACCUUGUUACAACAACUAAUUGGCUCAAAUAAAAUACAUUUAUUUGUCACAUAAACAUGGUUAGCAGAUGUUAAUGCGAGUGUAGCGAAAUGCUUGUGCUUCUAGUUCCGACAGUGCAGUAAUAUCUAACAAUUCCCCAACAACUACCUAAUACACACAAAUCUAAAGGGGUGAAUGAGAAUAUGUACAUGUAAAUAUAUGGAUGAGCGAUGGCCGAUUGGCAUGGGCAAGGUGCAAUAGAUAGUAUAAAAUACAGUAUAUACAAGUGAUAUGAGUAGUGUAAGAUAUGUAAACAUUAUUAAAGUGGCAUUAUUUUGAGUGGCAUUGUGUAAAGUAACUAGUGAUCCAUUUAUUAAAGUGGCCAGUGAUUGGGUCUCAAUGUAGGCAGCAGCCUCUGAGUUAGUGAUUUGCUCUUUAGCAGUCUGAUGGCCUUUAGAUAGAAGCUGUUUUUCAGUCUCUCGGUCCCAGGUUUGAUGCACCUGUACUGACCUCGCCUUCUGGAUGGUAGCGGUGUGAUCAGGCAGUGGCUCGUGUGGUUGAUGUCCUUGAUGAUCUUUUUGGGCUUCCUGUGACAUCGGGUGCUGUAGGUGUCAUGGAGGGCAGGUAGUUUGCCCCCGGUGAUGCGUUGUGCAGACCGCACCACCCUCUGGAGGGCCUUGUGGUUGAGGGCGGUGUAGUUGCCAUACCAGGCUGUGAUACAGCGCGACUGGAUGUUCUCGAUUGUGCAUCUGUAAAAGUUUGUCAGUUUUACAGAUGCACAAUCGAGAGCAUCCUGUCGGGCUGUAUCAAAUGCAUUAAGAAGGAAAGAAAUUCCACAAAUGAACUUUUAUCUAGGCACACCUGUUAUUUUAAAUUCAUUCCAGGUGACUACCUCAUGAAGCUGGUUGAGAGAAUGCCAAGAGUGUGCAAAGCUGUCAGCGAGGCAAAGGGUGGCUACUUUGAAGAAUCUCAAAAAUAAAAUAUUUUGAUUUAACACUUUUGGUUACUACAUGAUUCCAUAUGUGUUAUUUCAUAGUGUUGAUGUCUUCACUAUUAUUCUACAAUGUAGAAAAUAGUGAAAAUAAAUAAAACCCCUUGAAUGAGUAGGUGUGUCCAAACUUUUGAGUGGUACUGUAUAUAUGUUGGGCAUUACUUGUAUAUACCUCCCUCUCUCUUGUACACAAUUGCCAGAAUUCCGGUUGGAUCUCCCCCCAUUCAAGACAAGACAAUUUUUCACAGCAGAGUAAAAUGUUUUAUUAGCAUUUCAUAAACAUUACUCAGAAACAUACCCUAUACAACUGUAUUAAUUGGUGACGAUGUAGUUUCAAGGGUCUUGAGUCUCAUCAAUUAUCAGCACUCGUCCUCCUUUUACUCAACUAAAUACUUAAGCUAUCCUCUUAUCUCAUUGAAACUUGUUUCAUGUGAUCACUGUUUGUCUGCUAUGGUAAACCAGAUUGUGCUCUCCCCCUGACUCUCUAUGUCAUAACAGUAGCUUUUCCAUAUCCGUCCAAAUCAUAAGGUCAAAUGGUGUCUUUCACACACACGCACACAUAGUUCACUCAGUCAUGACACUCUUGAUACAGCUAUUAUAUAUUUUUUUUAAUCAGUCUUUUAAAAUCUGUAAUUGUCAUUCCUCUUUUUCAGGUAGCGCCCACGUCCAUACACAUCUGUGCGUUGUUCGUCUUUAUGUUAUCGGAACGGGAGGAAAAUGUUAUUGUAAGAGUUGAAAUGAAUAGCUCUGUCCUGACUAGACUGCAGGACUAAAAGAACGGUACUGAAAGCAGAGGCAGUCUUUCAAAAGGUACUGAAAAUAGGUGACAGUGUGAAUGAAUUGUUUACUUCGACUGUUUGUUGCUUUAACGCUGUUUAUUUUGACGUUUCUAAAAGGUAACGGUCACUGGAGGGACACUAGAUCAGAGAUUAAACAAACAAAUCUCAACUUUUGAAUUUAAUAUAGUUAAAACGUGUCCCGCAGACAGUAUUUUAUGGUGAAUGUUCAUACAGCUUCCCAUGUUGUACAUUUUUAACAUUCCUUUUUUGUUUUCCACCAAGAAAAUUCUACUGAAUCAUGAUUUUUCACUUUGUGCUGUUCUGAGGUAGACUAGUUAUCUGACAUUGGAGACCGCUCAUUGAUAUGUGCAGUUCUUCUAUUGAACACAAGAUGGCAACCGCUCCUAUAUUUGUUGAACUUGUAUUCUAACACAAGUAAACUGCUGUAUUUACUGUACAUGAAGUUUCACAGAAAAUUCUUUGACCUAGUCAUAUUUUCCAAGGUUUGAUUCAAAUAUUAGGAUUAUAAAGCAUUAUUUUCCAUUUCUGAACUUUACCGAUAUGAGUUCUAAUGGUUUCCCCGUGGGCUAUGUUAUUCCUCAUUUGCUCACAUCGACAUUCUCUAUUACACAACAGACGUAUUUUCUAAAGCUAGGUUACGUCCCAAAUGGCACCCAUUUAGGGUUAGGAUUAUACGGAUUUGGUCAAAAGUAAUGCAUUAUGUAGGGAAUCCGCUACCAUUUGGGCCGCAUCCCUAGACUUCUCAUUCUGUCCCACAGAGCUUUAAUAGUUUGUUGAAGUUAGGAUGAAAUCCUUUGGUAAAGCUACGUACCAAGCAACGACGUUAUCACAUGAAUUGGAGGUGUUGCAUGAAUGUUAACUACACAUAAGCCUUAACUGACUUAUGGAUGAAGUUUGACACCACCUUCCUGGUAGGCUAUAUCUUCAUAUGAUAUAGCAAUGAGUCGGCAUAUCAUUUCACUGUAAAACCCAAUCACGUGUCUUCCUGUUUGGAUAGCCAAUCAUUUCAGAGAGAGGCACCUUUUUUUAACAGAAGUGCAGGGAGUGUAUGCGUUACAUGCCAUCGUGUAGGUUCUCCAGUUUGAUGCUCUUUCAUGUGCACCACCAUUAUCCCUAGAUUGCACAGUAUAACCGAAUCAUAGUAGCCUAUAGGCUAACAUCACACUACUUACCACAUGCAAUUAAUGUCUCAUUUGAAUGGACAAUUAGUACUGUCAUAUGCUUUUAAUGUAGACGAGUAUGUAUGAAGCCUUAUGAUGGAGGUCAUUUGAGGAAAAAAACUAACUAUUGUUAGGCUGUAUAAAUUCAGCUAUGUAGAGCAGGCUCUGCAAUGAGCAAUUUGUAAGGAUGGUUCUUCUUUUGUCUGUUAAUAUCAUUGUACAUAAUGACUUCAACAAUGUAACUUGUAGCGACUUAAUCUGUUUAAUAAGAGAGUGUAAAUUCACACUACCUGGAGGUGUGUUUAAUAAAGUAUUCGUAAAAUCA